UUUAAAUAUGUUAAUAGACAGAAUUAUGUAAAUCAAGUGGAUGAAGUGAAGAGUAAUCUCGUCAAGUCAGAAUAUGGUGGGAUGGUUUGACAUCCACCAAGUUCCUUGUGGCUACUUCGAUUGCCGCUGAGCUGGAUAGGACACUGUUGGGAGGGAGUGGCCUCUUCCUCCCAUCAGGAUAAUGCACACAUCCCCAGAGCGGAUUUCUGCAGACACCAUGAGCAACAUGACGGUGCUCGACACUGCUGACCCCUAUGACCUUGACAUGACCUCAGGCGAGGCCAUAUACCCCAUCAGCUUCCAGGUUUCUCUGACAGGCUUCCUGCUUUUGGAGAUAGUUUUGGGCUUGAGCUCCAACCUCACUGUGCUCAUCCUCUAUUGUAUGAAGCAGAACCUCAUCAGCUCCGUCUCCAACAUCAUCACCAUGAACCUGCAUGUGGUGGACGUGUUGGUGUGUGUAUGCUGCAUCCCGCUGACAGCAGUGGUGGUGUUACUUCCUUUGGAGGCGGACACAGCCAUGGUCUGCUGUUUCCAUGAGGCCUGCGUCUCCUUUGCAAGCGUAGCUACUGCUUCGAACGUCCUGGCUAUAACUGUAGACCGCUAUGACAUCUCAGUGAGGCCGGCAAACCGUGUGCUUACAAUGGGCCGAGCUAUAGCUCUACUGGGAUCUAUCUGGGCUCUUUCCUUUUGCAGUUUCCUGGUUCCCUUUAUGGAAGUAGGCUUCUUCAUCAACUCUGGUUCAGACCAUGUGAACCAGACUGCAGUGGUUACAGUGGCUCAUACAAAUGAGUAUUAUACAGAGCUCGGGUUGUACUAUCACCUGCUCGCACAGAUCCCUAUAUUCUUUUUUACAGCUGUGGUAAUGCUAGUGACUUACUACAAGAUCCUUCAAGCACUUAAUAUUCGCAUUGGAACGCGAUUUCAGCACAACCUACCGAAAAAGAAGCAAAAGAGCAAAAACACCAUCUCUUUGAGCACUGCGACACAAGCAGAGUCGACUGACGCUUCACAGAGCAGCACAGGAGUCAAGGCAGGUGGCAAUGCACCUUUGGGCAUGCGGGCAUCAGUGUCAGUCAUUAUUGCGCUAAGACGAGCAGUAAAGCGUCAUCGUGAGAGACGGGAGAGGCAGAAACGAGUCUUCAGGAUGUCUCUUCUCAUCAUCUCCACAUUCUUACUGUGCUGGACUCCAAUAACUGUGCUCAACACCAUCAUCCUCAGCACUGGGCCCAGUGAUUUAACUGUCCGCCUCCGCUUGGGCUUCCUGGUGAUGGCCUAUGGAACCACUAUCUUUCAUCCACUCCUCUAUGCCUUCACUCGGCAGAAGUUCCAAAAGGUUUUGAAAAGCAAGAUGAAGAAGAGGGUGGUGUCUGUAGUAGAAGCUGACCCUACACCAAACAAUGUAGUCAUCCAUAACUCAUGGAUUGACCCCAGGAGAAACAAGAAGGUCACAUUCGAGGACACAGAAGCCGGAGAAAAGUGUCUAUGCUCGCAGGACGCGGAGUAAUUGGAUUAACUCAAAUGUAAAUAUGUCAAAUAUGUAGAGUAAAUGGUAAUUGGUUACAUUCAUUAAAGUAAGUAACUAUAGCGGAAACAUUUUUAAAAACUAGUGUUUUAGAGGGAGAUAUGGAGUUUGUUUUAUGCAAAGAUUUUGGAAACUAUAAUGGGGAAAUAUUGUAUCCUGCAAGUUUAAAAGCUUAAAACACAUGUGCUCAUUAACAAUGGAGUCUGGGCAGCUAACUAAAUUAAUAAUAAAGUUAUGAAAAGAUGUGUUCCUUGAGAUUAGAGCAUUAUAUAGAUAAUGAUGAGGAGUUUCCUUAAAAUAAAAACCACAUGUAAAAAGUGAAACUACCAGCAGCUGAAUGUGUAUGAGCUCAAGGAUUGCAUUUACAGUUUUUCCUCAGUUCAAAAAAGGAUUAGGGCAACGAAGACGGUAAUCUAUUGCUAUUUAUUGUGUAAUGUCAUGGAGUGCCAUCAAGGAAAAUUCAGUCAUAACUUUGUAUCAAUGGAGCAGUGCGUGUGGUUCUCUGGUAAGCAUAAGAUGAGACAAAUGCUAAUGUGAAAUACCUUGAUAUUGUUUGUCAGAUUUGUAAUAAACAACCAAAGGCACAAUAAUAUAAUAUCCCUCUGCUCUCUUGCUUCGUUUCCGUGUAGAAUUAAUUAAUUAAUUAAUUAAUUAGCGAUAGAACAGAUCAGGC